CGGUCAUUUGAAGAUGUUGUCUCUCCUGCUCGUGCUCUAUCUCUCGGCGUUCGCGUCGUCCGCUUCCGUUCGUGGUAUCACUGACGUCACAGAGCAACAAGGAUGUGACGUCACGGUUGGAGUAACGUACCCAGAGACAGCCGAAGAGGAACCUUCAGUCACGUGCUCAUCACAGUGCUUUUCUGAUGACGAACAGACCUGGUUUAUGGGAUCGACGUACAAGCACCUGGCCGGCCUGACAGAGCUCGGCCUCAUGGUCGAAGUUAAGUACGACAAGGUAGCUGUGAUCGACUGUCGGCUGGUUCCUAUUCAGUCAACCACCAGUCUGCUUGAAGCCUUUCAAGCGUGUGACAAUACCAUCGCUGCAACAACCGCUAGUUCUGCCCCAACUGGAACCAACACCGGAACCUUCAUUCCAACUGGAACCAAUUUUGGAACUUCUGUUCCAACUGAAACUUUCAUUCCAACUGGAACCAACACCGGAACCUUCAUUCCAACUGGAACCAAUAUUCCAACUGGAACCAACACAGGAACCUUCAUUCCAACUGGAACCAAUAUUCCAACUGGAACCAACACAGGAACCUUCAUUCCAACUGGAACCAACACAGGAACCUUCAUUCCAACUGAAACCUUCAUUCCAACUGGAACCAACACAGGAACCUUCAUUCCAACUGAAACCUUCAUUCCAACUGGAACCAACACGGGAACCUUCAUUCCAACUGGAACCAACACGGGAACCUUCAUUCCAACUGGAACCAACACAGGAACUUCUGUUCCAACUGAAACCAAUAUUCCAACUGCAACCAACAUAGGAACCUUCAUUCCAACUGCAACCAACAUAGGAACCUUCUUUCCAACUGCAACCCACAUUCCAACUGCAACCAGCACUGCAACCUCUGUUCCAUCCGAGGCCACCACCUCCAAGGCUGCCUCUACAGCGGAAGACGCCAUCGCCUGCGAGCACAAGGAGACGAGCCCCUCAACCCCGGCGCCUCCAGCGACCACCACUGCUCUGCCGCCGACGACCACCACGACCCCACCGCCGACGACCACCGCCCACGUGUGCCCCGAGGGAUGGCUCCUGAACGCGGGGUCGUGCUACCACCUCAGCUCCUCUGCGGGCGCCUGGGAGGAAGGGAGGGCCUACUGCAGCGACAAUGGCGGGGCGUACGUCAAGAUUUCCAGCGAAGAGGAAUGGGAAUUUGUCAAGAGCCUCUUGUCCGCAACCACGUGGAUUGGCCUCCAUGACCACGCCACCGAGGGAAGCUUCCUCUGGGAUGCCGACGACUCGGCGCCGGUGUACACAAAAUGGCACUCUAAUGAACCCAACGACGCAAACGGCGGCGAGGACUGCGUGGAAAUGGACGAGAGUAAAGACUUCCAGUGGAACGACCAAACUUGCUCCGAUGUGAGACAGUUCGUUUGCGAGAUGAACCCCACAAUUCUCUAUGGAUAAGCUAACGUCAGCGAACAAAUCCAACGGCAGAUGUAGGAGCUAACUCGAAGAUAUUUUAUAUUGCCAGCCGCAACCAAACAGUCAGUUGCUUUAGAUUUCGAACAUACAGAGUCAGUCAAAGAAGCCGCAAUUAAAGUAGUGAACAAUAGUGUUAUAUCGAAUUAACGAGAAAAGAUGUAACGCAGCUAUAACACAUGUAAUAGAUGAUGUUUAUAAUGUAGUGGAGCUACGGGAGUGUCCAUAAUAUUACAUGAGGUGUUAUUACGAUGGCGUAAACAGUAUGAACAUAAAUAAAAUUAUGGCGUUAAAGGAUUA